UUAAUUUGCCCAUUUCAUCCAGACCAUCUGUGUCAUUUGAUUUCUUCCCUUCCGCUUCCAAAUUUCCAAUCUGAGCUUGCAGACCUUUCAUCAAUGCCAAUGGCUACCAUGAAGCCUUCGGAAAGUACAGGGUCAAUGUACCCGGAGGUAAUCGAAUCGAAACCUGAGCCUUCUGCACCUUCACUUCCAAAUCCUAACCCUAAUUCUUCGCCGCCCUCCUCUUCGUCCAAUCUCUACCCUUCACUUGAUCCGAGCGAUUUCGCCGGAAACCUAAUUCCUUAUGACUAUACUCCCAGCGCGCCCUCUGCUCCUCCAUUUCCUUGCGAAGACGAGCUCUCUGCCCCUCCGUCGGUUCACGAUGAAGAGGUGCUCCCGGCUUCCGGAGAGGUUCUUCUCAACAUUCCCGGUGCUGUUCUGAACCUCAUUGAUCAGCAAUACAGCGUCAUACUCGCUUCUGGCGAUUUUACGGUCAUUCGUCUCUGCCAGGGCGGCAGCGCCGUCGCUGUCCUCGCCCGCGUUGCUGAUAAGAUUCAGUGGUCUUUGUCUAAGGAAACGGCCGUUGUUAAAGUUGACGACUCGCAUUAUUUCUUUUCGUUCUUCUUUCCCGAUCAGAAUGACGAGGGAGAGGUUCGUCAAGGGGAUGUCACGAGCUAUGUGUUGAGCUAUGGGUUGACGAUCGCGUCCAAGGGGCAGGAGGCUCUGUUGAAGGAGUUAGAUGCGAUUUUCGAGAAUUAUAGCAACUUCUCCGUGCAGGAGGUGUCUGAGGAUGCGAAGAAGAAGGGAGAGGCUUUGGAUACCUCGGUGGCUAAGGAAAUGUCUCCUGCAGAUUUGAGUUCAGGGGAAAAGAAGGAGUUCAUGGAGGGGACAUGCGCUGCAUAUUGGACCACAAUAGCUCCAAAUGUGGAGGGCUACAGUGGAACAGCUGCAAGAUUGAUUGCGCAAGGAUCUGGACACCUCAUUAAAGGAAUAUUGUGGUGUGGCGAUGUGACGGCGGAGAGGUUGAAAGUGGGAAAUGAGGUUUUGAAGACGAAGAUGGCUCCAGGUCAAAACGCAGAAGUUAGUCCUGAAACAUUAAAGCGGAUUAAAAGGGUUAAGUCUGUGACUAGAAUGACAGAAAAGGUGGCUACUGGGCUCCUUUCUGGGGUCGUGAAAGUCUCUGGACUAUUUGCUAGUUCUGUGGCAAAUACAAAAGCGGGAAAGAAAAUUAUCAAGCUUAUACCAGAAGAAGUUUUACUUGCAUCCUUAGAUGGAUUUGCCAAAGUGUGUGAUGCGGUCGAGGUAUCUGGAAAACAUGUGAUGUCAACAACGUCUACCGUGACAACUGACCUUGUGAAUCACAGAUACGGAGAAGAAGCUGCAAAGGCAACGAAUGAAGGGUUGGACGCUGCGGGUCAUGCCGUGGGGACCGCGUGGGCUGUUCUAAAGAUUCGCCAGGCUUUCACUCCUAAGGGCUUUCUUAAGCCCGUUAUGGCUAAAUCAGCCGCUGAAGCUGCCGCAGCUGAGCUCAGGGAAAAGGAAAACAAGAAAAAAUCUGAACUGGAGAAAAAAAAGUGAAAAACCCAAGCGGCUUCUGGCAGGACUUCUUGAAUAUAAAAAUUA